GGUGCAUUCCAUUGGAAUCUCGAGAGAGCAUCUUCUGUUGUUCUGAUUCCUCUAAUUAGCACACAGUUGGUGUUUGGAGCCUUUCCUGUGGUGGAUGGUUUGUUAGGUGUUCUGCUAAGAUACUUGAAUGUAGGUCUCGAAUCAUGUAUUACUGAUUAUAUCCCAAAACGAGUAUAUCCUCGCCUGAACAAGGCAGCCAAUUGGACUUUGUUUGGAUCUACAGGUCUGGUUAUGUGGGGAUGUUACGAAUUCAACACAAAUGAUGUUGGUCUGACUGAGUUUGCUCAGAGAAUUUGGGGAGCCUAA